GCUGGAGGCCGCGCCCCCUUCCCAGAGUGCACCGCAGCCGCUGCAUUCAGGAACCGCUUUAGCCUCGGCCCCGGCCGGGCGGGGAAGACAGUCUGGUGUGGUCUGGCCAUGGAUGGGCUCCAGGCCAGUGCAGGGCCGUUGAGGCGCGGGCGGCCGAGGCGCCGGCGCAAGCCCCAGCCACACAGCGGGUCGGUCCUGGCCUUGCCCUUGAGGCCCAGGAAGAUACGAAAGCAGCUGAGAAGUGUUGUACCCCGCAUGGCAGCGCUGAGGACGCAGACGCUGCCUAGCGAGGACUCGGAGGACUCGAGGGUGGAGUCGACGGCCGACGACCUGGGGGACGCGCUACCCGGUGGGGCGGCGGUGGCGGCCGUCCCGGACGCAGCCCGGCGAGAGCCAUACGGCCACCUGGGGCCCGCAGAGCUGCUGGAGGCCUCGCCCGCCGCGCGGUCUCUGCAGACCCCGCCGGCGCGCCUGGUGCCCGCUUCCGCGCCGCCCGCGCGCCUGGUGGAGGUGCCCGCCGCGCCGGCCCGGGUAGUGGAGACCUCGGCCCUGCUGUGCACCGCGCAGCACUUGGCGGCCGCCCAGUCGUCCGGGGCCCCUGCGACGGCGUCGCAGGUGGAUAACACGGGUGGGGAGCCGGCCUGGGACUCCCCGCUGCGGCGCGUCUUGGCCGAGCUGAACCGCAUCCCCAGCAGCCGGCGGCGAGCGGCCCGCCUCUUUGAGUGGCUCAUCGCGCCCAUGCCGCCAGAUCACUUCUACCGGCGCCUAUGGGAGCGCGAGGCGGUGCUGGUGCGGCGGCAGGACCACACCUACUACCAGGGACUUUUCUCUACCGCCGACCUGGACUCGAUGCUGCGCAACGAGGAGGUGCAGUUCGGCCAGCACUUGGACGCCGCUCGCUACAUCAACGGGCGACGCGAGACCCUGAACCCACCCGGCCGCGCGCUGCCCGCCGCCGCGUGGUCCCUGUACCAGGCCGGCUGCUCCCUGCGCCUCCUCUGUCCGCAGGCUUUCUCUACCACUGUGUGGCAGUUUUUGGCUGUGCUUCAAGAGCAGUUUGGAAGCAUGGCAGGCUCCAACGUUUACCUCACGCCCCCUAACUCGCAGGGCUUUGCCCCCCACUACGACGACAUCGAGGCCUUCGUGCUGCAGCUGGAAGGUAGGAAACUCUGGCGUGUAUACCGACCCCGAGUCCCAGCCGAGGAACUGGCUCUGACAUCCAGCCCCAACUUCAGUCAGGACGACCUUGGUGAGCCGGUGCUGCAGACCGUGCUGGAACCUGGAGAUUUGCUGUAUUUUCCUCGGGGAUUCAUUCACCAAGCUGAAUGCCAGGAUGGAGUCCACUCUCUGCACCUCACCUUGUCCACGUACCAGCGCAAUACCUGGGGUGACUUCUUAGAGGCCAUACUGCCUCUGGCAGUGCAGGCUGCAAUGGAAGAAAAUGUGGAGUUUCGGAGGGGUCUGCCCCGAGACUUCAUGGAUUACAUGGGGGCCCAGCAUUCAGAUUCUAAGGAUCCGCGAAGAACCGCUUUCAUGGAGAAGGUGCGGGUCUUGGUUGCCCGCCUGGGACACUUUGCUCCUGUUGAUGCUGUGGCCGACCAGCGAGCCAAAGACUUCAUCCACGAUUCUCUGCCCCCUGUUUUGACUGAUAGGGAGAGGGCACUAAGUGUUUACGGGCUUCCAAUUCGCUGGGAGGCUGGAGAACCUGUAAACGUGGGGGCCCAGUUGACAACAGAAACAGAAGUCCACAUGCUUCAGGAUGGGAUAGCUCGGCUGGUGGGUGAGGGGGGCCAUUUGUUUCUCUAUUACACAGUGGAAAACUCCCGUGUGUAUCAUCUGGAAGAACCCAAGUGCUUGGAAAUAUACCCCCACCAAGCUGAUGCCAUGGAACUGUUGCUUCGUUCUUACCCAGAGUUUGUGAGAGUGGGGGAUCUGCCCUGUGACAGUGUGGAGGACCAGCUUUCCUUGGCAACCAUGUUGUAUGAUAAGGGGCUGCUGCUCACCAAGAUGCCUCUAGCCCUAAAUUAGUUUCUUGUUGAUUGCUGGAAACAAGGCAGUAGUGAUUCUCCUCUGCCACUGCUACCUUUUUUUUUUUUCUUAAACUCAUGUUCUUACCUUGAUAACCAUCAGUGUGCUCACAUUUACCUUUAUCACUGCUUCAGUGUCACAAACCUCGGAAGGUCUUCUAGGAAGAACCAUCUCAUCUAGGUACAAAAGGAAAAGGAGAAGUUGGAGGUGGAAAAAAAACCUUGAUCCGUGAUCAUUUCAGAGCACCAAUUUCAUCACCUUCAGGCUUCAGUGUACUGGGUAGCACUGACCAUGUCAUUCUGCUUGAGACAGACAUUAGAUAUUUUUUGGAAUUUGGAUCUUUCAUCUGAGUUCUUUUUCAUCAGUUUGGGGGGCGGGUCGGGUUGGAAGAAACUUCCCCAAAUCUGACAAGUGAAUAUUCUCAUGGUUGGUGGAAAAGUGCCUGAUGUACCAGAAAGAGCACUGGACUUGGAACCAGAAGACCUGGGUUUGGGGUGGUAGCUGGUAGGCAACUGGCUGAGUGACCUGAGGCUGCUGCUACGCUCGGGCACACAGAUUUUAGUGAAGAAUGAUGAACUUGUGAAAGUUCAGAUUUGGAUUCUGAAGUUCUGAGGUGGAGUCCAAGAGUGUGCAGUCAGCUUCUGGGGUAGUGUUUGUUAGAUAUAGUUUUUUUGUUUAUUUAUGUAUGUUUAAGACAGGUCCUCACUCUGUCACCCAAGCUGGAGUGCGGUGGCACAGUCAUGGCUCACUGCAGCCUUGCCUCCCAGGCUCAAGCAAUCCUCCUGCCUCAGCGUCCCCAGUAGCUGGGACCACAGGUGCGCACCACCAUGCCUGGCUAAUGUUUUAAAACUGUUUUUAGUAGAGACAGGGUCUUACUAUGUUGUCCAGGCUGGUUUCAAACUCCUGGACUCAAGCGAUCUUCCUGCCUUGGCCCCCAGAAAUGCUGGGACUGCGCCUGGAGUAGAUAUGGGUAACGAACCUUUUACAUCAGACUCUUGUGUCCUACUCCCAGAAUGUUGAUUCAGUGGGCUGCAAGUGAGGCCUAGAAAUCUGCAUUUUCACAAGCUCUCAGGUUUAAUACACAUUACAUUUAAAGAAAGCACAGCCCAAAGGGUGUCAGUGGGGUGUAUGAAGGAAGCCUGGUUAGGGGGGAGAGUGGGAUUAGGGAACAGCUGCUUAACCUGGCUUGUUUCAAAUCCCCCUUUCUCCCUUUUUGCCCUCAAAAAGUUCCUCAUUUUUUCCCCUCUACUUUCUAACUUCUCGCCAUGCACUCACACAGCUAUACGGCUAUCUCCAGAGAUUACUCUGGAAACUCUGCUAUAAAGAUGACCUGGUCUAAUGCCUUGAUUUGUUUUUUGUUUGUUUGUUUGUUUUUUUGAGACAGGGUCUCACUCUCCUGGAGUACAGUGGCACAAUCAUGGCUCACUGCAGCCUUGACCUCCUGGGCUCAAGCAAUCCUCCCACAUAGCUGGGAGUAUAGGCACGUAGCACCACUCUCGGUUAAAUUUUUUUUGUUGUUUUUUUGUAGAGAUAGAGUCUCACUAUGUUGCUCAGGCUGGUCUUGAACUCCUGGACUCAAACGAUCCUCCCACCUUGGCCUCCCAAAAUGCUGGGAAUACAGGCAUGAGCCACUGCACCAGGCCUAAUGUCCUGAUUUUAUAAAUCCCAAAACUGGGGCCCAGAGAGAAGAGACAUCAUUAAGAUCACCAUACUUGUUGGUAUCUGAAGUAGUACUGACCCUUUUGACACCUAAUCCAAAGUUUUUUCAGCUACCUCAGGUUGCCUCUCAUCUUCCAGCUGACACCAUCCAGCACCUUUCAGAUACUGGCAAAGGAGCAGUGUUUCAAAAUUACUUUCCAAAUGGCCUCCUACAAGGCAGUCCUCAGAGAGAAGCAAGGUUCUGCAUCUUAAGCCUUCCUUGGUUUCUUAGGUUCCAAAGCUGUUUCUAUCAGUCUCCAAGCAACCAACUCUUUAGAAUUCCAUGAGUCUACUCAGAGAACUUGUGGGUUCAGUCGGGGGUAUCUUCAACCAUUUAUUAAAUUUCCUUUUUUGUAAACUGA